AAAAAGUUGGAAACUUAAGUACAGAAACAGGAUAAAAAGAUCAGAAGAAAAAAGUAUUAGUUCCACAAGGGGAAAUGGCAUCACAUAAUCAAAUCACUAGACUUAUCAUUACAUUUGCUUUGAUUCCAUUGCUCAUGUUUCAAUCUCAUGUGUCUUCACAAGACAAAGUUAACUUGUCCUUGUACUAUGAAUCCUUGUGUCCAUAUUGUGCAGAUUUCAUUGUGAACCAAUUAGUUAAGGUUCUUCAAACAGAUCUUGGUUCAAUUGUGAAUCUUAGGCUUGUUCCUUGGGGUAAUACUCAAAUUGCACCUAACACCAGCUGGAUUUGCCAGCAUGGAACAGAUGAGUGUCAGCUAAACACAGUGGAAGCUUGUGCUAUCAAGGUUUGGUCAAGUCUGGAAACACAUUUCAAGUUCAUAAAGUGCGUAGAAUUGUUACAUCUGGAAAACAGGCACUCUUCGUGGGAAUCUUGUUUUGCGUCAACUGGUUUGAGCCAAACUCCCAUCAAGAAUUGCUACAAUAAUGGACUUGGAUAUCGGCUAGAGCAAGCAUAUGCAGAUGCAACUGCAAAGUUGAACCCCAAUCACAGAUUUGUACCAUGGGUGCUAGUAAAUAAUCAGCCUCUUGAAGAAGAUUACCAGAAUUUUAUAGCAUACAUUUGCAAAGCUUAUAGUGGGAGCAAUAUACCACAAGCUUGCAAAACCAAAGCACUCGAGAUCAAUAAAACUAACGCGCAAGAUAGUAUUCCUCGAGUCUGCUUUAGAUGAUAACCAAUAGCUGAAUUAUGUAAACAGUUGCAAUGUGUUAAGAGUGUUGAGUUAUUUUUUGAGUGCACAAAUUGUGCAAACUUACAAUUAAAAUUUGUAUUCUUCAAGCAAUAUUGUAGCAACUGUUCAUGCGAAUAAAUUAAAGGUACUUCCAUCAA